GUUCAGCGUCCAGCCGCAGAACAGCUGUGAGAACUGCAGAGCAUCAGCCGCAAAAUCACAAAGGAUCAAACCACUGAAACAAUCAGUCACUCCACAAAUGAAGGGCUGUGGACUGAAUUCAUGUGUGUUGUUUAUUGUAUACCAAACCCACGACUUCCCCUAAGGAGGAACUGAAAGUGAGAAGUCAAAGAAAGGUGAUGCGAAAGUGCAGCCUGGCGCUUUAAACUCAUCUGGACUGUGGAGCCUCUGAUCAGAUGCCGCACCUCCACUUUAAUUCUUCAACCAACAAUGUCAGAGUCCCUCCAGUCUGUACAGGAGAUGGUGGUAAAGAAGCAACUCUGUGAAGAAUGGGAGGUACAACAGUGCUCCGUGGAUGACGGUAGGAGGAUGAAGAGAAGAGAGAAGAACAGAGUUGCCGCUCAGAGGAGCCGGAAGAGACAAACGCAGAGAGCUGACCUGCUGCAUGAGGCCUGUGAGUUACUAGAGCAGAGGAACAAAACCCUGAAGAGAGAGGUGGAGUCUCUGUCAGAGGAGCAGCAUGUUCUCGCUGAAGCCCUCAGAGCCCAUGAGCCUUUCUGUCCCAGCAUGCACUGCUCCUUCACCUCAUCCAGUCUGCAGCCUGACAACACGACUGCCCGGUCUCUGUGAGUGAAGAUGAUUCCAGCCUUCUGGCCCCCGCCAGUGUAACUGAGUACCGCAAAGCCUUAGGCAGCCAUUAGAGGGCACUUUGACACUUCCACAGUGUGGUGGAACAUCCUCGGCUUAUCCAUGAUUCAUUGUCUUAAUUAUGUUGUCAGGUUUUCCACAAUUCCUAUUGUUAAUAGUGAAGUGGUGUCCUUUCUGCAACUCUAUCUGAAAAUGUUCAGUAACUGUAAAUACAGAAGGCCUUCAGUAGGCCCACAGAAGGCCAACACAAAAUAAAAAGACUUAUUUUGAUGAUCAUAUAAUUAUGGUAAUGAAAGUUAAAACUGUUAUAUAGUUUUUUUUCUUAUUGAUAAAAAUUAGGAUGAAAGAUUAUGAAAUGAUCGGCAUACCUAUGCGUCUCAUCUUUGAUGUGAUUUUUUGUUAUCUGCUUAUG